CUGAUUUCUGACUCUUGGCUCUUCAGACAAGCAGCUCUUUUGUUUCUUUACUUCAACAUAAAACUUGUGAGGACCAUCAUCAUGACUCCAGCUUUUAUUUUCUUCUUCUUCCUCUCAGUGAUGGAUGUCUGUCAGAGUGCUCCAGCUGAAAUGAACAAUAAAACCAACGAGUUCACGGACGACGCCUCAAGGCCCAAAGUUGACUUAGAAAAUCUCGUUCUCCAUGGAGACGUCGCCGUCACAAACACCUUUCUGAAGAAUGCAGACCCGUGUACGGCCAGAGGCUGCAAGUGGCCCAAAUCUGGCCCUUACGUCUACGUGCCUUACCAGAUCUCCUCUAAAUUUUCCCAGAAGGAGAAGGACGUCAUCAUUAAAGGCAUGCAGAGCUUCAACCAGGACACAUGCAUUCGAUUUGUCCCAAAACGUUCCGGUCAUCGAGAUUUCAUCCAUUUCUUUUCUCAGAGUAACGGAGGGUGUUGGUCCAACAUCGGCCGUCAGAGCGGGGGUCAGUACAUCUCGCUGGACAGAAGAGGAUGUGUUCACCACUCCACUGUGCAGCACGAGAUUCUUCACGCUCUGGGUUUCCACCAUGAGCAGGUCCGCUCCGACAGAGACAAAUACGUCCGGAUUCUCUUCAACAACAUUCAGCAAAGACAGAGGGGCAAUUUCAGAAAAGUUCAGACGAACAACUUAGUAACUCCCUACGACUUUUCCUCGGUCAUGCAUUAUAGCAAAUACGACUUCUCCAGUAACGGACGGCCAACCAUCGAAGCAAAAUCAAAUCCUAAACAGAAGUUUGGAAACGCCCGUCAAAUGAGCGCCAACGAUGUCAGUCGUGUCAACAGGCUUUACAAAUGCAGUACAUCUCGACAGCGGUAUCGUUACUGAAACACAACGUCUCAAAGCACCAAAUAUGGAGCCACGCUGCUGCCAAGUUUAAGAAGAAAAUAUUUUUCAAAGUCUGUUUUUUAACAUUCACAUUUUUAUAAAGAAAAACUAUGGGAGGCUUUUUAAAUAAUAGUUGUUUCAAUAGAGAUUCAUAUGCGAGCUCCCCCUGCUGGACAAAGACGGUACAGCAUACUGUAGCUCAACAGGAAUGGAUUAGUCAAAGUAAAAGGUUUAAUAAAUAACUGCCAAAUUAAUGAAUAAAAACGGUUUUGUUUUUUCUUUUAUAAAUGAUAUAGCCAGCAUAAAUAUUGUAUAUCUUUGCUAUCUUGUACAAAGGAAUAAUACAAUUUUGCAUAACAACUCUAAAGCUCUUUAAGUGCUUUUUAAAUAAAUAUAUGAUUGUUUAAA